AUGGCACAGCAGGACUACGAAACCUUCGAACUCGGAGACUGGGAGCUCCAGAGCGGUUCCAAGCUUAUCAACGCUCAUAUAGCCUAUAGGACAUUUGGGGAUCCCAAGUCUCCAGCUAUCGUCUAUCCGACAUGGUUCUCUGGAGCCAUCGCGGAUAACCUCUGGCUCAUAGGGGAAGACAAAACUCUCAACCCUAAGGACUAUUUCAUUAUCAUCCCUGCUCUAUUUGGCAAUGGCCAGUCGACUUCGCCGUCCAAUUACCCCGUAGAAGGAGAGUGGCCGGAAGUUUCUUUCUACGACAACGUGCGCGCCCAGUAUAAGCUUGUCACUGGGCACUUUGGGAUAACACACCUGCGUGCGGUAAUCGGGUGGUCAAUGGGCGGAGCCCAGACUUACCAAUGGGCCACGCAAUAUCCUGACUUUAUGGACCUGGCGGUACCCUUCUGCGCUUCGGCGAAGACGUCUCUUCACAACCAGGUAUUCCUUGAAGGCGUCAAGAGCGCUUUGCUAGCGGCAAAAGGUAUCCAAUCUGCGGGGUCUGGUCAAGGUGGUGUCCUUGUGUCUGGGCAUACUCUGAGGACAUGGAACGAUGCUGAAAAACGAGUCGGCCUGAAAGCAUUUGGCAGGGGCUAUGCUGGCUGGGAAAAGCUGUAUGAAACCGCCUUGGGUUAUGCAGACCUCGAAGACUUUAUGCAAAAUUUCUGGGAGGCGUGGGCUCUAUCGAAAGACCCGGGCAACCUCCUAGCAAUGGCGCAAACUUGGCAAAAUGGCGAUGUCAGCAAGCAAGAGCCAUACAAUGGUGACUUUGAGGCAGCCUUGGCAGCAAUCAGGGCUAAGGUUUUGGUGUUACCUGCAAAAACCGAUCUAUACUUCCCGUCUGUCAUUCCUCAGAUGAAGAGACAAGAGCUGACAGCAUUGAAUCGGGACUCUUUGUGUCUUCCCGUCGAUCUGGGGCCACUGGGCGGGAGGGCCCGGGGAUAG